CAACAAAGACCAUUUGCUUACCAGCUUUGCCUGCAGCCCAAGUUGAUGCCUCAAUGUCUGCGAUAAGGGAAAAGGUUGAGAAGGUAAAGAUAGAGCCGGAUUAUGGGCAUAAGGGAUUGAAUCAAAUAGGAGGAGGAGGAGGAGGAGGAGGUGAAGGCGGGAGAGUGAUUAGACCUUGCGCCGCCUGCAAGCAAAUGAGACGACGCUGUUCAGCAAAAAAAUGUCCCUUUUCUCCAUAUUUUCCCCCUAGCGAACCUCUCAGAUUUGCUUCCGUUCACAGAGUCUUUGGUGCAAGCAAUGUGUCAAAGAUGCUCGCGGUAUGGUAUGGGGAGGUCCCGGAGAGUCUAAGAGCAGAGGUAGCAAUUAGUCUUGUAUACGAGGCAGAUGCGAGGCUAAGAGAUCCUGUGUACGGAUGCACCGCAGAAAUUUCUGCUUUACAACGGCAAGUCGAAUCAUUGCAACAACUACUCAAUUCAGCAUGGGAUGAACUGCUCAAAUACAAGAAUCCCCAUCAUGAAGCCGAUAUCUUUAACGCAGAGCCACCACCUUCCCAUGGUGUAGCCUUGCUUCCUUCCGUUGCCACCACCGCUGCUUUCCCUCCUCCCCCUUCUCCAACGGUACUGCUAGUGCCACCGCCCCCUCCCACCAGCUCAGGUUCACUUCUCCUUUCAUCCUCUGCUUCGUCCAACCAGUACUGCCCACUAUCUGCUGCCGCUGAUUUCAGCACCAUAUCAAAUUAAACGACAGUACGUGAUUAAAUGAAAAAUAGUAGUAGUACUACUAGACUAGCCCUUGUUAUUAAAUCGUCUCGCUAUCCUUUUGCACAGAAAUUACUUAGAAUGUUGUCGGUACUGUGCAUCUUUUUGGGUAUACAUGGAGCACAACAUGUUAGUCUCUCGUUGGCAGCCAUAUUUGGGCAUUAAUUUUCCUUAUGAAUGCCCUAUACAGUGAGGAGGGUGCAUGGAUUGUUUCUU